AUGGCUUCCCCAAAUGAAACCCAACAGAACCGCCAGACGAGGUACUUCGAGAUGACGGCAAAUGGCGAAAACGACACUCAAUUGCACAACGUCCCCCCACCAUAUGAAGCAUUGGCAGAAUUAGAAGCAACCACAACUGGCAGAGACGAUGGCCGAAUUGACAUCGACCUCAGCUCCCGCAUAGCCCGUCGCCUCUCCCGCCUAGUCCCCACCGGAAAACCCCAAGACAUCACAAUCGAACCCCCACAAUACACAGAAACCAGCGAAACCAGCAUUCGACUAAAUAUCGUCAUCCAAGUCGUCGGCAGCCGCGGAGAUGUACAGCCGUUUAUCGCCCUUGGAUCAGAAUUACAGCGUCACGGUCAUCGCGUGCGCCUUGCGACACACGGCCAAUUCGAUAAAUUCGUGAGGGACUCUGGUCUUGAGUUCUUCUCCAUUGGUGGUGAUCCAGCUGAAUUGAUGGCGUACAUGGUCAAAAACCCUGGUUUAUUCCCCAGCAUGAAAACCCUCCGCGGCGGCGAAAUCCAACGGAAACGAAAAAUGGUUGAUGAAAUGCUCCACAAGUGCUGGAGGUCAUGCGUUGAGCCAGAUGAAUUGACUGGACGUCCCUUUGUCGCCGAUGCGAUUAUUGCGAAUCCGCCAAGCUUUGCUCAUAUUCACUGCGCACAAGCUCUCGGUGUCCCGCUACAUCUUAUGUUUACGAUGCCUUGGACGAGUACGCGGGAGUUCUGUCAUCCUCUUGCGAAUUUGAGGGCGAAUGGCAGUGAUAUGUCGGCGAGUGCGGCAAAUUAUGUGUCGUAUUCUUUGGUGGAGUGGAUGACUUGGCAAGGGCUUGGCGACAUCAUUAAUGCUUGGAGAGGGACGAUAGAUUUGGAGCCGAUUCCGUUCAGUGAAGGGCCUUGUUUGACGGAGACACUGCGAGUUCCGGUUACGUAUUGUUGGUCACCAGCCCUGGUGCCAAAACCCUUAGACUGGCCCGAGAAUAUUGAUGUUUGUGGCUUCUUCUUCCGCGAAGCUCCAGAUUACAAACCCGAAGACGCCCUCGCCAAAUUCCUCUCUAGUGGUCCACCACCAGUCUACAUCGGCUUCGGCAGCAUCGUGAUCGACGACCCAGAGAAACUUACUGCGACGAUCCUGGAGGCUGUUCGUACAGCUGGUACACGCGCAAUCGUCUCUCGAGGAUGGAGCAACCUUGGUGGUGAUUCGUUGGGAGACGAAAAAGUAUUCUUUCUCGGCGAUUGUCCUCAUGAGUGGCUGUUUCAGCAUGUCACUGCGGUGAUUAAUCAUGGUGGAGCAGGGACUACGGCUUGUGGACUGGUAAAUGCGAAACCUACGACGAUUGUGCCGUUCUUUGGAGACCAACCAUUUUGGGGAAACAUGGUUCAUACCAGCGGUGCGGGUCCCGCUCCUAUCCCAUUCAAACAACUCAAUAGCCAGAACCUCGAAGUCGCCAUUCGCUUUUGUCUCACUGAAGACGCAUCUAUAGCUGCUCAACGGAUUGCAGACAAGAUGGCCAGCGAAUCAGGAGUCCGACGCGCCGUUGCUUCCUUCCACGCCAACUUGCCUUUAAACAACAUGCGGUGCGAUGUCCUGUCAAAUUUGCCUGCUGUAUGGUUGUAUGAGCGCAAGGGGAGGUCUAUGAAGUUGUCUAAAUUGGCAGCUGAGAUGCUUGCUAGCGAGGGGAAGGUUGCUUGGAACCAUCUGAAACCGUACCAAUCUCAACCAGUGCACAUCGAAAACCGACGAUGGGAUCCUGUGACUGCAACCCUAUCCACACUCGCAGCAACUGGAAUGGGAAUGGUGAAUUCCACUUCCGACAUCGUCGUGAAGCCGAUACAAGCGUUCCGACCAGCGACACCAGACCCGAACCGCGCAUCAAGCAGCAAAGACGCUGAAACACAAAGUGGCACUAGUUCGAAACGAGGGUCAGAAGAGGGCAUCUUUGGUAGACCAGCAGGUUUAGAACUACCCAAAGGCUCAGCAGGCAAUGAGUCCAAGAAUUCUCAGGACGGCGCAAUGGCAGCAUUCAAAGGAUCAGCCUCAGGAGUCGGUGGCUUCUUCAAGCACUUUUCCAAGGGCAUGCUCCUGGAUCUUCCCUACGCCGUCACAGAAGGUAUGCGAAAUGCACCAAACCUCUACGGCGGCAAAGCCUACAACCCUGGCGCGGUGACAGAUUGGAAGUCCGGCGGUGUGGCAGCUGGGAAGAACUUUGCGCACGGCAUCGUCGAAGGUUUCGGAGGAAUAGUCAUGGAGCCCAUCAGAGGGGGCAAGGAAGGUGGCGCUGCAGGUGCUGCUAAGGGUGUUGGUAUCGGGCUAUUGAAUAUGGGGACUAAGGUUACGUCUGGAGCUAUGGGGCUGGUUACGUUGCCUGGGCAGGGUUUGUAUCAGAGUGCUAGAGCUUUGGUAAAGAGGAAGACGAUGAAGAGUGUCAUGGAGGCAAGGAAGGCGGAGGGUGCUUAUGAAGUUGAGAAUGGAAAGGAUGAACAAAGAAGGACUGUGGUAGAUAUAUUCGAAGGCAUGGGCAGAUAG